AUGGAUGAGAAAGCAGCUCCUGGGGCCUACAGUCCCCCUGAUCCGAGGCAUCCGCGCUCCAGUGAUAUCAGUACCGAACAUCGCCAUUCUCAUCAGUAUGACCCCACAACGUUUGGUCGUCAUAGCUUACAGAUUAUUCAACCGCGGAAGCCCGCUUCUACGCGACAUGCCGAUGGUCAACGACAACAUGAAUCCAAUUCCGACAGAAGAGAUGGAGACGUUGAUGAGAAGACGUCGCAAGCUCAGAAUCUGCCAGAUAUCGACACAUCCCGGCGCCCAGCAUCAGCACCACACAACCAACCCUCAUCCCCACGAUCCCCAAAGAGGCGCGCCACCAGACCAAGCCAUGACUUUGACCGUCGCUACGACGGUCCCUUCAGCCGUCCAAGCCUCGCCAUGACCCGGCGAAGCUCCCACUCACCUACACGGCCGUCAACGGACCCAAACACACCCCACAUCGGCGAAGCUCCCGGUUCGGCCAGGCAUCCUCCCCAAACCCUCCCGGCCUUCCAACCGACUCCCCCGCCCCUGAACUACACCCUCCGCACCCGCAAGACAGCAAUCGCGCUCUUCUGGACCCUCAUCCUCUUCGACUCCAUCGCCAUGCCGAUAGCCCUCUAUUUUGGCCUUUGGUAUGGCGUCGGCCCGGGAACGAACACGCCCACGGAAAAAAAGGAGAAACUCUCCCCCAACGCCGUCUUCUCCAUCGUCACCGCGGCCGUGGGCGGCGCCAGCAUCGUCGAGUACUUCGUGCGCUUCUGGAGGCUUUGGCGUAAAGGCAGCACAUGUCGUGUAAUUGGGGCGCAUAGGUGGUAUCUCGACUGGUUUCACUGGAACUUUUCCUUUGCGUGGAUCAUAAUCAUGAUUGAGCUCAUCGUAGGCACCGUCCCAAGAAACCCCCCAAUCCGCCUCCUCUCCAUGCCCGUCCCAACAAUGCUCCUCGUCUUCGGCACCCAACUCCUCCUAAUCGACGCCCUCCGCGCUCUCCACCUCCCCUCCCCGCUCCGCAUCUCCUCCGUACCCCACAAAGCUCAGCUGCGACCGGGCAUCUACUCCGUCAUCGAAGACGUCUGCGCCGUCGACGGCUCAGGCGGCACGGACUUCCGCGUCGCGCUCGAUAGGCGCUACGAGGCGAGCCACGUCUUUCGCGCGAUGCUGAGGCGGUUGGGUGUGUUUUGGGCUGUUGGCGCCGAGGCGUGUGCUGUGCUUUGUACGGCGUUGAUUUUUGGGUUGAGGAGCGGGGAGGCUGCGUACGUUGUUGGUUGGGCUUUGCCGUUUGUGUGGGCUGGUGUCUGGACGGCUGCGACGUUUUGGUAUGUUGGGAGAGAGUUGAGGAGAGAGGCGAAGGCGUGGAGUGAGGAGGUUGCGAGGAAGGGGGCCGCGGGGUCCAUGUCCAUGGCGUAG